AUGCAACUUCUAAGCCUUGCAGCUCUGACAGCCCUAGUGGCGCUUGGCAGCGCCCAGGGUCUUACAAAGGUCAACGACUUCAACGCUGGGCCUACAAAGGUCGGCAUGUACGCCUAUGUGCCAAAGAAGCUUACUACUCCAGCUCCCAUCAUAGUGGCAGUUCACCAUUGCCAGGGCUCGGCACAAGGAUAUUCAAGUGAGUCUGGUUACAUGCCAUUGGCAGACCAGCAUGGCUUUAUCCUGAUCUACCCCAACUCCAAGUCUGGAGGGGGCUGUUUCGACGUUGCUUCUACAUCCAGCUUAACACACAAUGGCGGCGGCGAUAGUCAGACUAUCAUCAACAUGGUCAAGUACGCAGUAGAGCAUUACGGCGGCGAUGCUAACCGAACUUUCGUGACUGGCACCAGCUCUGGUGCUAUGAUGACCAACGUACUUGUUGGUGCCUAUCCGGAUGUCUUCAAGGCAGGCUCAGUCUACUCUGGUGUUCCAGACGGAUGCUUCUACGUUCAGGGUUCGACUGCAACUCAGGAUCCGCCUGGUUGGGCCAAUUCAUGUGCCAAUGGUCAACUCACAAAAACAGCGCAACAGUGGGGUGAUCUAGUACGCUCCUACUACCCAGGAUACACAGGGCCAAGGCCACGAAUGCAAAUCUUUCAUGGAACCGCUGACAACACCCUUGCCUAUCCAAACUACCAAGAACAACUCAAGGAAUGGUCUAACGUCCUAAACGUCUCCCUGACAAAGACAGCUCAAAACACUCCCCAGAGCGGCUACACUCAGAGUCUCUAUGGAGAUGGCACAGCAGCAACAGCACAACUCGUUGGCUACAGCGCUCAGGGUGUUGGCCACACUGUACCGAUACACCAGUCGAUGGAUCUUGCAUUCUUCGGGAUUGCAUAA